AUGGGCCGUGGAACCAGAGGCGGUGGAAAGAAAAAGAAAAGGAGGUCUACUCCCGAUAAGAAAAAGAAAGCCGCGACUAAAACGGGGAAAUCAACAAACCUAACAACUGACACAUAUGAGCUCGACGCAACUGAAUCGAUUAACAAAGUAUUAACCGCUGGUCCUGAGUAUAACGAGGCUGAGGAGAUGAAAGAGUUGGCCGCUCAAUUGACUGCAUCCCUCAUGAAAAACUUACGCACAGUAAGCGAAGCACAGAUGCUUGAGAAUCUAGAACGAAGGGGUGAAACAGACUCCCACAGGGAAACAGGCAGUGAGUGUAGUAGCACCGUGGCCGAAGAUUGCGACGUUUCAAACGACGAGGUUUCGGUGUAUGAGACAGAAAGUGUUGCUAUAGCGACAGAACAGUCACAAACACGCGCAUGGGGUCCCCUAAAACCAGUGAUUGAAAACGCGGAUAGCCAGAACUGGCCCCCAAUUGCCAGCAAUGCAGCGAAACCAAACGACACCAAAUGGCCGCGACUGGGAAAGGACGGUUCAAAUACACGCGACAACUUGAAGUUACCCAUAGUUACGAGGCAGGUUGACACGGACUCAGUUAACUGGCCUGCAUUGGGUAAACCCGUCACAGAAACAGAGACACACAACUCCGAUAAUAACAAGAUACUGGGAAACGAUGAAAAGGAAACACGUGAAGGGACUGACACGCAUAUUCCCCAAUCUGAAACGAACUUAGUCCUCAAAGAAUGCCCCCAAACCGACCCAGUAGCAACCAUGUCCCCUCCACAUACAGACGUAGAAAAAAUCAACUGGUGUUCUCCUCCCAUCUCCGCGCACGAUAGACGUGAGUACAGAGAGGAACGUUUGGAGUCAGAACUUAGAAGUAUGUUGAAACGAGAGAACUUUGAUUCACCCGCAGGAUGGAAUAUAGGCGAAAUACGUAACAUUUCAUUGAACCAACUGGCGGAAAAACAGAGCACGCAUUUAUGGAGCUGCGUACUUGGUGAUCAAAUUUCAAACUGUAUAAUGCUGUCACAGUACGAACUACAGAACAUACUGCGCACAGACUUGGAGGUAUCCAAACUUAUGAAAUGUGACACCAAAAAGGAAACUUACAUGGAGAAGCCAACCUUUUUCAUGGACAAGGACUGCAGCGACCCCAACGUCGCCGAAAGCGACCGGCAAGAGAAUGAGGAUUAUUUUCAUACACCGAAAGAAACGGAUUUUCUGCCCUUAAGUUUGUUAGAAAUCCUAGCAGGAUGUGGAUUAAAAGAAAAGUAUUUAGCCAUGUGUGAGGACUCCGUGGUCGUUCUUUUGUCUAGGGCAUUUGAACCCAAAGAUGAUUGUCCUCUUCGCCAACAUAAAUACUUAUUUCUGUUAUUGAUAAUGAUGUCUUGGCCAGAACAACAUGUUGUUAAUCCUGUGCAUAAAAACAACCAUGCUGGAGCCAAACCACCUCGAUAUACACAAACAUGUGGUAGGGGCCGCGGUUUACGUAGAGAUUAUGCAAAUGUGAACUCUCUAAAGUUACCAAGAGAUGCUGCCAGUCUGAUGCUGGAUAAACAUCAUUAUGUCAAGGAGACUAACAAAGAACUGGACAAAGUUACAAAUAAAAUGUCAGCAACAAGUGGUAUGAGAAGAGGCAAAUACUUGCACAAACUGACCAGUAAAACUACAACAAAUCUGAUGGUUUCUGAGGGAGAGCACAAUCUCCAUUUAUCAACAUACAACGAUCCAGAGAUUGAUGAUCAGAGAUGCAAAUUAGCUGACAUGGACAUCCACAAAUUUGGUUUUGUAGUACCAAUCAAUAAUGUCCAUCCUCAUUCUUCUGUAGCAUCAAUCAGUGCUGACCAUCCUCCACUCUCUCCUGAAGUACCAGUAAACAAUGGCCACCCUCUGCUUUCUUCUAAAGUACCAAUAAACAAUGACCAUCCUUCACUCACUUCUGAAGUACCAAUCAGUGAUGACCAUCCUCCACUCUUUUCUGAAGUACCAAUAAAAAAUGACCAUCUUUGGCGCUCUUCUGACACAUGUUACUAUUGUGGCAGUACCAAUCCAUUGAAGAACCAUCCUUUGGUUAAAUGGUCUGCAGCUGAGAGGAACAAAGAUCCUUUAACCCUGACCAACAAAAAACGCUAUGCCUUGUAUGUUGAAUUGCCUGUAGGAGGAGUGGUUGGUAAAUUCAUGGUCGACACAGGUGCUACAGACAACAUGGUUUCUCUAAGUCUGUACAAUGCAAUGCCCCAUUCCACUAGGGCAAAACUGACCGAGUUCCAGUCAAAAAUAUUAUUGGUAUUGCAACCUCAGGGGAAACUGUUGAUGUCCAUGGAGAGGCCGAACUGUUGUACCACAUAA